CGGGAGGUCAGCCCUCCGUGCUGCUCCGACUUGGGCCUUGGGCAGUGAACCGUACCUAGAGAAAGACGGCUCCCCUCACUGGCCUGCUGGGACGGAACCAUCCGGACUAGUGUGGCUGCACGGGUGCUGGAGGUGGAGGGCAGUGGGAAAGGAGAGAGAGGAAAGUCACUUUGGGAAUGCUGCAUCACUUUCCCUGGGCUGGGCAGCCCAGGGACAACUUCCCGGGGUAAUAGAUCAUGUGACCAAUGGGGCCAAACUGAGCCAGCCACGGUGUUGGGAGGCGGGGAAGGGAAGGGGCCCUGAGUGCCCCCUGAGGAGCCUGCGGACAGGGUUCAGAGCAGCACAGAGCCCAUCGGCUCCCUGCCCCCAGUGUGGGCCCAGCACACGCUUCUUCUUUGCAUGACGACCUGCUGGAUGUGGAGUCUUGGCCAUCCACAUGGCUGGGAUGGACAGAGCAGAGGCUGUCACCAUCUUCUGGAGCCGGGGAGCUGCAGCUAACUCGGGUCGGGAAAAUGCGACAGCGGCUGCCCACUCGAGGUCGUCAUGGCGACAGCCAGUGAACGUGUUCCUCUCCUCGGGCAGGCCCCCGAGUGUAGAGGAGCUGCUUCGCGAGGCGCAGCUCAAUCUCCAGAGCCUGUUGCAAGAAGAAUAUGAGGAACAGUACUCGGAGGCCAGACUGCUGGGGCAGACCUUCCGCUCUGCUGAUGAGGCCCCUCAGCCCACCCCUAACCCAAGGCUCCAGUCUGCCAGGCGUCUGGAGUUGGUACUGAUGCCUACAAAACAGCAGCUGAGCGAGGAUGAGACCACCACCCAGGGUGUGAGGGCCCCUGAGGCCUCCCUGAGCCUGUCGACACCACCCGACAAGCAAGCUGCCUGGACUAGCCCCUUCCCUCUGCCCGCCCUAGAGGAGAAGCGGUGGCUGCAGCCUUGCUCCACGCACUCUGACAUUGUGCCAAUCAACAUCUCUGGGCAGCAGUUUGAUAAACACGCAAGUUUGCGACACUCGUUGUUUAACACAGAGACAGCCGUGAACCCCAAGUCCACCCUGAGGCGGAGGCGGACCAUUAUUGGAUUCUCUAACUUUUCCCAGCGAGACCAAGGUCACAACAGCCCCGCAGGCAGGGUGACCCGCUCUGCCAGCUCAGACAUCAGGCCCAGUCAUUCUGUUCCAGAAGGUGUUUAUGGAAGAGUUGCAGUUGGUCAAGAAGCGCAGUUCCCAAACCUCACCUCACCAGUACUGAGAAAUCCUUCUAGUGACCCGGAAGAACCUCUCCAGACACGUGGUGGCACCAAGCCUCCUGGCAUGGAGAGCAUGGGAAUGGUGUACAGUGUCCCCAGUUCUUGCAAUGGACCGACGGAAUCUACGUUCUCUGCUUCCUGGAAGGGAGAUGCCUUCACCUACAUGACUCCAAGUGCCACCAGUCAGAGCAAUCAAGUCAGCAAAAAUGGAAAAAAUCCUUCCUCCGGGAAUUCGUGGGUCUCCCUGCACACACUGCCACCUCUGGUUCCUAAGGAGGCUGCGACCCUCUUUGUCACUCGUGAUAACCCUGCAGGAUGCAGUGGGCCAGCUGGCUACUCUGAGCACCCUACACAACGAAGGCAGGGAUUGGAGCGACCCUUCAAGACCGGCCUUCUGACAGGUGGUACCUCGAGACUGGAGACAGGGCCAGGUGGGGCCAGCAGGUUCCGGGAGCGCUCACUGUCUGUGCCCACAGACGUGGACUGUGGAGAGGAACAGAAGGCCAGUGAAGCCUGUGCCCUGCCUUAUGCCAGCACAAGUUCUGAGGGCAGUAACAGUGCUGACAACAUUGCGUCCCUUGGUGCCCACCAGGAGGCCCAGCACAGAAGGCAGAGAUCCAAGAGUAUCUCACUUAAGAAGGCCAAAAAGAAGCCUUCCCCACCAACGCGCAGUGUGUCGCUGGUCAAAGAUGAGCCAGUGCUCUUGCCAGAAGGUGGGCAGGCACUACCCAAGGACCAGAGGCCCAGGAGCCUUUGCCUCUCCUUGGAACACCAAGGACAUCACUCAUCCCAGGGUCACCCAGUUGUGCCAACCUUCAAAGAUCCAGAAGGGACACACUUCUCUCAGCACUGGUAUCUUAGUGACUGGAAGUCUGGUGACACCUACCAGUCCUUGUCCAGUUCCAGCACUGCCACUGGCACCACAGUCAUUGAGUGCACCCCGGUUCAGGGCAGCUCAGAGUCUCUUGCAUCCCCUUCCACCUCCAGAGCCACUACGCCUUCCCAACUCUCCAUCGAGGUAGAGGCCAGGGAGGUGCCCUCCCCAGGAAGGCUCGCUGGGCUGAUGUCACCCUCCAGUGGCUACUCUAGCCAGUCGGAGACACCAACACCUACUGUCUCCAUGUCCUUGACCUUGGGCCACUUGCCCCCUCCAAGCAGCAGUGUCCGGGUACGUCCAGUGGUCCCCGAGAGAAAGUCGUCACUACCCCCAACAUCACCGAUGGAGAAAAUUUCCAAGUCACGGCUGUCGUUUGACCUACCAUUAACCUCUUCGACCCACCUGGAUCUGUCUGGGAUGAGUAUCUCCAUCCGAAGCAAAACCAAGGUGAGCCGGCAUCACUCAGAUACAAAUUUUGGGGCCAAGCUGGCCCAAAAAACUAGCCCCAAUCAGCCAAUCAUGCCCAUGGUUACUCAGUCUGACCUACGUUCUGUUCGCCUGAGGUCAGUCAGUAAGUCUGAGCCAGAAGAUGACAUCGAGAGCCCUGACUAUGCUGAGGAAUCAGGAGCAGAAGUCUUGACCUUGCCAGAGAGAAAGAUGAAACCGCCCAUAGCUGAGAAACCCCCACUGGCCCGAAGGCCUCCAAGCUUGGUCCACAAGCCAGCAUCUGCCUCCGAGGAAUACCCACUAACUUCGCCUACAUUGGCUAUGACCCUUAAGAGCUCCAGUCAACACAUGAGGCCACUCCCUCCAGACACCUACGUGGUAGCACGGAAACCAAAGUCCUCCAGCUUCCCUGAGGCCAGAAGCCCAGGGGGGUCAAUAGCGCCCUCAUCUCUUGUUUUCACACCUUUUGUCAGUUCCUCUGGUGCUUUCUUCUCAGGAACACAGCAACCUCCCCAGGGAAGUACAGAGGAUGAGGCCCCCAAGGUGAAAGCCCUGCCUGAAAGAAUUAGUCUCCAGAGCCAGGAAGAUGCUGAGAAGAAGAAAGGCAAGAUCCCACCUCCUGUACCAAAAAAGCCCAGUGUGCUGUACCUGCCUCUCACAUCACCCACAGCUCAAAUGGAGACCUACGUGGCCGAACCGAGGCUGCCUCUCAGCCCCGUCAUCACCCUGGAGGAAGAUGCCAAGUGUCCCCAUACCGGCGACCAGAUGCAAUCGCCUGGUACGAGGAUGAUUUCAACGUCACAAGCUGACGGUGAAAGGGAGGCAAGUCGUACAGGGAGCUCUAUGGAACCAAGCACUGAAGAAAAAAGUGUAAUCAGUGAUAAGACAGCUGAAUGGAUUGCGGAAGAUGAUGACGACGUGUUUGUGGCUUCACGCACAACUGAAGACUUAUUUACCGUGAUACACAGGUCCAAAAGAAAGCUGCUUGGCUGGAAGGAGCCUGGCGAGGCCUUUGCCGGAGGCAGCAGACCGAGCUCUCACUCACCAAUAAGGAACGCAGCUGAAGUGCCAAUCAUCAGUGAGCCGGCGGCCUGUGCCAGCCUCGAUGCUGGCAGAAACGAUGAUUUCAAAGCCUUGCUACAGAAGAAGGGAAGUAAGGCAACCCCCAGGUCCCGCCCCUCAGCAGCCGAACUGCUGAAGACCACUAGCCCCCUGGCUCGGAGAAUUAUUGCACAGUUUUCAAAGGACUACGAUAGCACCGACAGCCCCAGUACCUAAGGCGCAGGUCGAGCAAGCAGGCUUCAGUGAGUAGACCUGAGUAGAGAAGGGGGAACAGAAAGGCUUUUCAAAAGAAACCAUGCAAAUAACAAAAGAGCCUACGUUUCUUUUACGUUAGCUCACACUCUGGACAGCAGGACAGAGACCACUUUAUCUAGAACUGAAAUCAUCAGGCACUUUAAUCAUCCUCAGACAUUUUACGUUUUCAUACUUCAAAUCUUGCCAUUACUUAGUACCGACUUUCUCCUUAUUUCCCCCCAGAAAUUCUCAGAUGCAAGGGCACAGGUGCCAUCUUUUUAAUCAAUGACCCUGCUGCUCCAGUCACUGAGGGAGGGGCACAGUGUGAGAGCAGAUUGGGGGCUGCCACACCUGGGGCCACAGGGAGCCAUUGCUGAUUAUUCGCUUUCCUGCGAGGCCUUGAUGACCACAGUUUAUGUCUCCCCCUCAAGACGUUUGCAGGUGUGCACUUAUUUCGGUAUGGGGUUGAUUAGAUGGCUUUUGUCGUGCAAAAUAUGAAUGUGACUCUGUCCUGAACUUCAUGCCUUUUUCAGUUUGAUUGUCUACACGGAGAUCAGGGUGACGAGUUUCAAUAACAUACAGACCCUUCCCCCCACCCUUCAGCUAGAAAAGGUCAGGACUGGGUUGCUUUGGAUGAACCAAGCUCAGCUGAUGAACGUGGCUGCCAUUUGUUCACGCCAAUCCAAGGAAACUCACACAUGCGCCUUGAGAUCCUUCAAGUGUCUGCCAACGAUAGCUAGGACCUGUGCCCAGCUUAUGCUGCAUUCUAAGAACUCUCAUUUCACUUGCAUGUGACACCCAUUACAGGAAGUGAUUAGCUGAAGGAACAGCAUCAUCAAAGGCGAAUGGAGGAGAGGAAGUGAGUGUAACUUGCCCACCACCAUUCAGCUCAGAUUGCACUUUGUGUUUGGUUGGGUUGGGUUUGGUUUAAAGGAAGUUUUACUCUGAUGCAAAUCUGAGAACACAUAGAAGAAAAGCAUACAUCCAGAACUUAAAAAGGAAGCCUUGCAAGUUGCUAUAGCCCAGAACACAAAAAAAGGGCUACUUUUUGCCAUUUAGUUUCUGCUAUUUGACCAACUUGCAGCUAACCGGUGUAGGGGAGACUGUAAGAACUGGGUAAAUGGGAUGCUGGUGGAGCCCCAGAACAAUCAUUGUGACCCCUCCUCCCCCACCCCACAGCUUAUAGGCACUAACUAUUCUUGUCAGUUCAAUUUUCUAAGCAAAGCAAGAGCAGUGAUUCAUUUGAUUUUCAUAUGUCUGGUCUCUGGGAGGUUGGGGGAAAAACAGACAAAGCAGUGAACAAAGAAAACUGGCUGACCAAUAAUGGUGGGUUAAUUGCCAACUGUUCCCAAGAGGGAGAAAGAAGUCAAAUGAAAUUGUAGCCCGCUUCACAGAGGGCUCCCCAUACCUUCCUCCUUCACUCCCCACCUCCCCACCUCACACUCCCUUUACCCCACCCCCCCAACAGAGUCAUUGGCGAACCUCCUGGAGGAUGCAGAAACUGCCCCAGAGACAAGCAGAUCUUGAUUUUGAUAGGUCACGUUGCUCACCAAUGAGAAGCAAGCUCUUAGCUCAGCGGCCCAUGGUCCAGUGGACAGAACAGCCGAAAAAGCACACUGAGUGCUAGAAGACUUGGACCUCUUGCAUAGAAGCCCUAAGCCUAGGCCCUCGGUUGGUACAGUUCUGAAUCGUAGGCUUCUGAGUACAGGUCAGGCCCAGCAACACCCCUGCAAUCAGCACUUCCCCCGAUUUAGACAGCAGCCACUUAAAAUAAUAAACAGCAAAAGCUCAGUUGCUUUUGAAACAUUCAAACCAUUUGGUUUGAAGGUCCUGACGAAAUUUCAGUGUGUUGCCUGAAAUCAAAUAGAUUCAUUCCUGGCCUUUAUUUGCAUAUAAAUGCCACACUUGUCUGCCCCAGACUCAGAAUUCCAAAAGACAGAAACAUUUUGCUGUGUAGGGAAAUGAAGGGGUGUUUGUGCUUUUCCCUGACAAUGGUGAAGGGUGGCCAGGCCUUUCUCCUAGGGGACUAUUCUGAAUAGCUGAACUCUAAAGCCAAGUUUGAGACUCGCAUGCUAUCAGACUUGUUGCUUCUGCUGAUUUUUCUGGAAGCUUCUUGUUUGCUACUUCUGGUGGGGUUUGCCUCUCCCCUCAUCUUGCUACCUCUGGUGGUUUUCCCAAAGGACUCUAAGCGGCCUUCCCAGACACCUUAGCGUUUUUCAAUUACCUUACGUCUUGAGUUCCUGUACAAUACUCUGUUUGGCUGGAAUUUUUAGAACAUCUUCUGUGUCAUCACAGUGGCCCUCAAAUGCCCAGUGGUUUUCCCUGUAGCACAAGAGGAUUUGGGGCAGAGCUGGUAUGGUCGGAGGUAACGCUGAGGACCGGAAAGACAGAGUUGGUGUUACGAUUAUCAAGGGGAGGAGAGGCUGAGUGUUAGGAGUAGGAAACAUGUUGGGGGUUAUGUUCAAGUGUAUCUACCCCCUAAGGCACAUAGCUCGUGCUUGCUGCCUUCUGCCAAGACGGGGAAAGAGAGUUGGUGUUACGAUAAUCAAGUGAAUUGGUAGCCAAGAGUGUUUUGCACUUGGUGGGUAUUUGUUACAUAUUUGUGGUUUGCAUGUUGAGGAUACACAGCCAGUCAUUCUCAGCAUGACAGGAAGCUUUGCUGGUGUCUCCUGGCCUUUGCCUGCCUCGCUCUCUCUCCUGGGCCCUAACUUGUCCCUCAGCCCCAACUCCUGUGAACUGCAUCCCUGGUCGACAGUUCACCCGUUAAGGAGGCAAGACCACAGGCAGCAAAAUAGUUCAUGUGCACAAAUCGACCAGUUGAUCUGGACACAUCACCUUGACUGUGCAAAGACAGAGGAGUUUCUACAGCAAGCAUUUUCCCAGAUACCCAUUUUUAACUGUCUCGACAACAUGGAUCGGAGUGCGAUCCACUCUACCUACCAGUCUCAGCAGAUAUGUCCAUGCGUCUGCCUUCUUCCUCAUAAACCAACUAGUCCCUAAAAAGUCAAGUACAUGGCCAGUGCUCUGUUCCUCACCAGUGCAGCCUUUCAUUAUUACGUCUGUAACACAAUGGUGAGCUGUCCCUUUAAUAUGAUUUGCCAGGGCCAGGACUAGAGUGAGGUGGGUGAGGGGCUUGAGGUGCAAAAUUUAAGGAGGCGCCCACUGUCAGGGUUGUGCAAGUGCCUUACCCUGGUCCUGGCCCUGCGUUCACACUCCAUAAAGUAGUAUCAGUUCCUCUCCUUCCUGUGAACAAGUAUGGUCCUUCUGAUUUGGGGGGGGGUACCCCCAUCUGUGGUUGCACCAAAUGUUUUAUGGCUAUUUUUUCACUCCUAUAAACCUUUGUAUGCCUCUACAUCACAGACUCUUCAAUAUUAUCCGAAAACAUGGUUGCUUUCUACGUAACCUGCUCCAGGUGACAAGUUAGCACCCAUUUCAGUAAGGAAGGCCGACCGGAAUAGCCCAUCAGCCAAAUCAUGAGUGAGCUGGGAUCCUCGGCUCCUGUUUCCAUCCCAUUCUCCCCAGACCAUGCUUUCCAGCACCCAUUGUCCCGAGUGCCUCCUAGUUUGUUCUCUUCCCAGCUAAGAAAAGUGUGCUCUCAGGAAAGGGCUAAAUUCAAGGCUUAAUGCUACCUCUUCUGAGGGUCGUUUGCAGUUUGACAGGGGAAAAGCCUUAAGCCAAAGGAAUGAAGUUCUACUUGUAGAAUUUUAGGCAUAAGUUAGUGGCAGGAGUGUGUUUUUCACCGUGGAAAGGCCAAAUUCCCUGACAGCUAACUGCAGAAUGUAGGGAAAUACCGUGAUCUCCUGCAGUGCCACCAAGGGACUCUCAGAAAUGGCUACGAAAAGCCACUAAAAAGGCCUAGGUAAUUCAUUUGUACAUAAGCAUUUUUACACAGAUGGAACUAAUGCUAUUUAUCAUUUGAGUAAACACACAAGGAUUUAAAGAGUUUGUGAAAAUGUGUCCUGUUUGUGAAAUGUCAGGCUGUUGCAAUAUUGUCCGAUCAAUGUCAGUCAUCCAGCAUUGGUGGUGAUUGUUAAACUGAUUGGAGGUACAGCUUUACUGAACGCAAACCUCUGUUUCCCCCAUUCUUGUUUUGCGCUAUCACCUCAGCUUGGUGUGAGAAUGAGACCAGUCCCUCCAACGCUUUUGCGUGCAUUUCGGCUCCAAGUGACUAAGAUAUUAGGGAUUUAAAAGGACAAGAGAAUCACUUUGUGAGGAGUGUAAAUGUCUAUUACUUUGCUUUGUACACCUGAAACUAAUAAAAAAAAAAAAAAGGACAAGAGAGUGGGAAAGAGGUACAAAGAACCACCUUCAUCAAAGGGCAGCAAAAAUUAUAAUGAUUGAAAUGACAUGAAAUGAACAAUGUUUUAGAAUACUCUGAAACAGAUUUAUAGAGGAACACAGUAGCAAAUGGUUAUAGACACACAUUUGAGACGCUGUUGAUAUUUUUAGCGAAAAGGAGUUUGCAUAAGUCAUGGGUUAUGUGAAAUAGGUAUAUACUCUUCAGUCAACCCCAAUGGAAGCCAGUGGUUCUCAAAGUGUGGUCCCAGGACGAGCAGCGCAGCAGCCCUGGGGUGUGAAUGUGUGUGUGUGUGUGUGUGUGUGUGUGUGUGUGUGUCUAUUCCAGUGAUGUGACUUCUUCAGCCCUUGAAUCACUAUAGCCACAACUAUCCCAAUAAUCCCAACUUUCCCGUCAUUUCUGCUAUCAUUACAGUAAUCAGUCUCUGGCUAAGUGCUGUAGAUUGUCAUAUUGGUCAGGUAUAUGUUGUUUGGUGUGAAGAAAUUAUCAGAUUGAAUCAACUACUUGCUCACUCUCCACACAUCUAGUGUGAUUUUGGUUUAAACAUUUUUCUUUUCAUUCACAAAUACAAAAAAGGAAAAGGUAUUGUGUUGGUUGGGGAUUGCCAACCCUUAAAUACCUGUCUUCACCAUGGUGGCUGUUUUCUAGAAGGGCUCUGGCAGAAGUAUAUUUGAUUUUAAGAUUUUGCCUAAAUAGUGGAAUUUGAUAUCUACAAAUCCACAAACAAAAUAUGAACUGGAACAACCAGUUAACCCCUCUCAGCCUCUCUUUAAUGCCAAGCUUUAUAGAAAUGUAUUCCUUAUGUGGUGUUGAGCUUUUUUAAUGUCCCGUUUUAUAAAAUGUUAUGCAUGCAAACACAAUGCUCGUUGUACAAGUCGCCUCAAACUCAUUUCCUCCGCCGUAUGUAUGAUGGUGAAGAAAUAUCAAUACGUAUGUUCUUACCUCUCCUGAUCGAUUGUAAAUUGCAAAUCUUUCCAUUCAUUUUUAAAUGAGAUAUAUUUACUCUGGCUAGUAGUUAAAAUUUUAUUCUUUUUAUUAUAUUUCAUUGCUACUUUUUUCUACUGCCUUCAAUGCUUACUUUGGGGAAUAUUUCUUAUUUCUAGAUUGUUGUAUUUAUCUUAUUUCUAUAUUUAUCUGUCGUCACGGAAUGUUAGAGCCAAAAGGGACCAACUUCUCAUUUUACAGAUGAGGAAGUGAGGCCCAGAAAGGUCAAAUAACUUACACAAGGUCACACAGUGGCAGGGCCCGGCCUCAGUCUCAGGUCUCCUGCCUCUGGGUCCAGUGUUUUUUCAUGUAAAGCACUACAUUUAUAGAAGACCUAGAUCUGGCAUCUACUUCUAUGACACAUGAAUUUCCCAGGUAUCUCAGUGUACUGAUACCUAUGCUUGAAGGAAAAAUGCUCAAGAAUUCCUUAGUUCAUAAAUCCAAAGGCAAAUCUGAUUUGCAGUUUAGAAACAUUGAUUUCCUUCCAAAUUCAAUAUGUGCUCUACUUCGUACAAUGGAUGUUUUCCUUAAAAGUUGUUUGAAAAAUGAAUUUUUUGAAUCAAAUUCCAUUUUUUAGGAGAGAAGCUUCCUGUGUAAGGGAAUCUUCUGGUGAUUUCUUUUGAAAAUCAAAGAAUCCUCUUGUCAAUGCCUCUCUUUUUUUUUUUCAGUGUGAACUUUUCUAAUUGGUGUUUGUUUAAAGUAGGGCAAGCCAAUAUAGGCUUUCCUAGAGUCUACUCUAUCCUUCCCUUCUUACACUUUAUGAGAUAUUCUCAGACUGUUAGAUGCUCAUGAGAUUCUUACUUGUGUUCUAGAAACUUCACCGAGCUUGAUAUUUUGUCAAUCCCUGGGCUCAAACUCUAUGUCCAUCUUAUCAAACAAUAACAGAAUUCCAUAAUCAGCAGUGAGCUCUGCAUGCAGUCUCUUUUCCAGAACAUUCUUUGCCUAAUGCUCUUUAGUGUGACUCUGUCUUUAGCUGUUCUCGGGUUUCCUUCCAUAGUUCAUGCAUACCUCACUAUUCUGUGGAGUUGCAGGGAGUGCCCCUUUAGGACUGUAUUAGUCAUAGGGAGUGGUAUUUCCAGUCUCUUCCAUCUUCCCUUGUUUCUCCUAGACCUCUUCUGGUUUCCCUUUUCAAGAAUGCUCAGGGGUGGCUGGUUAGCUCAGUUGGUUAGAGCGCGGUGCUGGUAGCACCAAGGUUGCUGGUUUGAUCCCCACAUGGGCCACUGUGAGCUGCGCCCUCCUUAAAAGAAAAGAAAAAAAGAAUGCUCAGAGAUUGGUGGGAUUUUCCCCAUCAUGUAGACCAGGGGGUGACAAACUUUUUCUGUUAAAAGGCCAGAUAGUAAUUUUUUAAACUUUGUGGACCACAUAUGGCCUCAGUAGCAAAUCUCCUUCUUUGUUGUUUAUUUGUCUGACCUUUAAGAAGAUGUUUUUACAGCUUAAAAUACGUAAAUACCAUUCUUAGCUGUUGGGUCAUAAAAAGCUUGUCAUAGUUUGCUGACCCCUGGUCCAGACCAUCUUCUAAGGCAGGCACCUCUGUGACCCGCCCCAUGUGAUAACCACGUUGUGUACUGGAUAAUGUAGCUCUCUGCCCUCCCCGCUACUGCACUGUCAGACCAGUCUACACAGAGGUGGGUGGAGAGGGCUGCAUUUGACAACCAUCACUCUCCAAUAGGUGCCCUUUAUGUGUCUCUCAUUCUGUCUGUCUGUCUGUCUG